ACCGAAAAGCCCCACAUAUAAAUACGGGAAGAGGAAACUCGGGCGGGUCACUCUGCUCUUCUUCUGAUUUUGUGAUGGCUUCAUUCACUCUGCUCUCCUCUUUCUCUUCUACUAAAAAAAACACUCGCAUCUCUUCCUUCUCUUCUUCUUCUACUGCCUCUUCUCUCUAUCGCACAAGCUUUGCUCCCAAACGAACCCGGCCUCUCAACUCCGUCAUUAAUUGUGGAAUCAAUGAACCAGCGAAUGAGAAGCCUAAUGUGCCAAUCAUUAAUGAUGUGAUACUUCCAACGUUCUUGCAAGCCAAAUGCUCAGAGAAUGCAGUCACCAGAGAUAACACCAAGCUGAAUCCAAAACUGAAGUUAUUUUCUGGAACUGCGAAUCCUUCACUUUCUGAGGAAAUUGCUUGGAACAUGGGGCAUGAACUGGGGAAGAUCACCAUCAAGCGCUUUGCUGAUGGUGAAAUUUAUGUCCAGUUGCAAGAAAGUGUUCGAGGAUGUGAUGUUUUCUUGAUUCAGCCCACUUGCCCUCCAGCCAAUGAAAACCUUAUGGAGCUUUUGGUGAUGAUAGAUGCAUGCCGAAGGGCUUCAGCCAAAAAUAUCACUGCUGUGAUUCCAUAUUUUGGAUAUGCCAGAGCUGAUAGGAAGACACAAAAUCGUCAAUCCAUUGCUGCCAAAUUGGUUGGGAACGUUAUAACAGAAGCAGGUGCAGAUCGUGUUCUAGCUUGUGAUCUUCACUCUGGGCAAUCCAUGGGUUAUUUUGACAUUCCAGUGGACCAUGUACACUGUCAGCCUGUUAUCACGGAUUACCUUGCUAGCAAGAAGAUUAGUUCCAAUGAUAUGGUGGUGGUCUCUCCUGAUGUCGGGGGAGUUGCUAGAGCACGUGCUUUUGCAAAAAAGUUGGAUGCACCUUUAGCCAUUGUCGACAAAAGAUUCCAGGAGCACAAUCAUGCUGAGGUUAUGAACCUGAUUGGUGAUGUUAAAGGAAAAGUUGCUGUCAUGGUUGAUGACAUGAUUGACACAGCAGGGACUAUUUGCAAAGGUGCAGAACUUUUGCACGAAGAGGGAGCACGGGAAAUCUAUGCAUGCUGCACACAUGGUGUUUUUAGCCCCCCUGCAAUUGGAAUGUUGUCAAGUGGCUUAUUUGAAGAGGUUAUCACCACAAACACAAUUCCUGUGAUGGACAGACACUACUUCCCCCAGCUGACUGUUCUCUCAGUUGCAAACCUUCUUGGUGAAACAAUUUGGCGUGUCCAUGGUGAUCGUUCCGUGAGCAGCAUUUAUCAGUAGGCAACAAUACAAGUUAUAUAGUUUUUCCAGCGUUGUUUUCCUAUAUACGUAGCCAAAAUAGAAACUAGGGAAGGGUUAAAGGGUAGACCUGCAAAAGAAACUUCAUCAAAUAGGAUCAGAUAGGCAAAUGCUGGAAGAAUGAAUGAUGUUAAUAGGAUCGUCCAACUCAUCAUAAUUUAAAAAAAUUUAAAAUCUUCUUCUUACUCCACUA